GUUUUGUCGAUCUUCAUUGUUUUCGUGUUGGUGAAGCUUUCUAUCAAUACUGCACAAAAUUCAAGCAGCUGAUUCAUCUCGCGUGUGUUUGGAGUUCGUCAGAAAAGCGUUUUAAGCAAGCUUAAUUCAUACACAACACAAAAAAUAUCUUCAAUGAAACGGCAGAGGUCAGUUUCUUUGGAUGUUUUAGAUGUUCUUAAAUUUAAUCUCCAUAACUCAAAACCAACUAGUGUUUUUUUGUUUGUUCAACUUAAUUUUUUGUCUUUUGACAGCAAAAGAGUUGCUGGGAGCAUGAGCAAUCAAGACCUUGAGAAUGCUGACAGGAUCAGCGAGUUGCCUGAGGCUUUGAUCCUGCGGAUAUUGUGUCUACUUCCUAUGAAAGUUGCCAUCGCCACAAGUCUCUUGUCUAAGCAAUGGAGAUAUCUUUGGAAGUUGAUGCCUAAACUCAAGUUUGACUAUUUGGAUCACAAAUGUCAACUCGGGACGUUUUCAAGUAAUGCUUGCCGGACUUUGCUUUCACACAUGGCUCCGGUCCUACAGAGUUUGUAUCUCAAUGUUCAUCUAGAAAGAUGUAAUGCAAAGGAUACUGGAGUCUUGCUUGGAAUUGCACUGGGUCUCCAUGUGCACGAGCUGGUUCUCGAAGUUCGAUCUAGGAAAGUGUACAAAUUUCCUAGAAGCUUGUUUGAAGUUAAUACACUAGGUACCUUGAGACUUAGGUAUAAUGUCCAUAUGGAUGUCCCUUCUUUGGUUUGUUUCAAAUCCCUUAGAAAUCUACAUCUUCACUAUGUAGACUACAUGGACAAUAAUUCAGUUACUAACCUUUUGGGUGGCUGUCCUAAUCUCAAAACCUUGACGGUGCAUAGAUAUUCAAAGAGCAGUGUAAAGACAUUCACUAUAUCAGUGCCAUCUUUAGAGAAGCUAUCAAUUUAUAAUAGCAAUGGUGGACAACUAGAUUGGGGCUAUGUGAUAAAUGCUCCUUCUUUGAAGAUCCUAAAGAUUAAAGGGAUUUGUGGUCUUGGGUUUUGUCUAAUCGAGAAUGUUAUGCAGCUGGUGGAGGCAAGUAUCAUUGAUGUCUCUAGUAUAUCCAAGGAGAACCUUCUAGGGUCUCUAACUUCAGUAAAACGUCUUUCAUUGAGAAUAUCUCCCUUGAAGGUUACGUUUCCUACCGGUAGCAUCUUCGAUCAGCUGGUGUACUUGGAGCUACAUGCAUAUAAAGAAGCAUGGUGGAAUCUACUUAUCCUUAUGCUUGAUAGGUCUCCUAAAUUGAAAACCCUCAAGUUCAUCAACAAAUGGCAUUGUGAAAAAGAUUAUGUGGAUCGUGGGGAAUGGAAACAACCAGAGAAUGUUCCUAAAUGUUUUUGGUUUCUUCUAGAGACAUUCAUAUGGAAAGGCUACAAAUGGCAACGAGAAGAUGAGAAACAAGUGGCGAAAUACGUUCUAAAGAACGCAAUUAGUUUGAAGAGAGCAUUUUUUUCCUCAAAACGUAUCAAGCUUAAAGAGAAAGUCGAGGUGGUCAAGGAUUUGAAAAGUGUGGUCAGGGCUUCAAAUUCAUGCCAGCUUAUAUUCAGAUGAAGAAUACAUAUACGGUAUUUUUGUAACUUUUACGGUACUUCCAGUUUAGCAGAUUUCUAUAGAGAUAUACUAGAUUUUUUUUAUCAGAGCUUUAGAAGCGCAUGAUUUUGUAUAUAAUAUUUUAAUUUAAUGAAACACAAAUAUUUGAUUUUAAUUUCUGUUCAUAUUUGUAGAUUGGUUUAAUUCUCUGGUAAAAAAAUAAAAUAUGUAACAAUUUUAGCAUCUAAAAUAGUAUAGUAGUAUAUAUAAUUUACUAAACUUUCAUUCCUUUUGAUUUAUUUUCUGUGUUUCCUACUUUUAUAGGGAAUUAAAAAUAUAUUUAUAAUAAUUUUAUUUUUUGGUUUAGAUGAUACUACUAUAUAAUUUUUCUUCUAGAUGAUAAUUUAUAUAUAUAAUAGUAUUUGGUUUAAAUUAUUGAAAUUUCACCUGUUUGUUAAUAGUAAAUUAUACAUAUACAUAAUAUAUAUAAUAUUAAUCUUUAUUUUUAUUUUUCAAAUUAAAAUUGGAUAUAAUUUAAAUUUAUAAAUAUAAUUUAAUGUUUUAUGAAAUUAUUUAAUUAUCUGCAAAAUAUAAACUAAAAAGAUUUUACAAGAUUUUGUACAACAAUAUAUAUAGAGCUAAACUUCAAAGAUAUGGAAAUAUAUUAUUAAUUAAUUAUUUUGAAUUAAUUAACUAAAACUGAUUUUACAAUAUUAACUUUAGUGAAUGUCUUGAAAUUUUUAAAAAAUUAAUGGCAUAAAUCGUAAAUAAUAUGGUAGACAAAGGUUAAUUUCAUACUAUAUGUUCAUGUUUUUGAUAAGACAUAUAUAUGUUGAAUGUUGAUGAGUUGUAGGCGUGUAGUAUUCGAUGAGUAAACAUGGAGAGAAAAAAAAACGGGUAUGGUCACAGUAAUGGCAGCACAAAUACAACCUUAUAGCUUGUUGGCAUUCUGAACAAAAGUCUGGGAAACAGAUUUGAUGAGUAAAGAAACU